GGAAUAUGCCCGCCUCCCAAGCUGGGGAAUCGCCCAACCCUAUUCCGUAGCGGGGAUAUUCCAUAGGCACCUAUUCGGGCCGAUGGAAGGACGGCGAGGCGAUCUUGGGCUCCUUGACGAGAGCAAACUCGUCGGCACUCUCAAGGAGAAGGCCAUCCGCGAAGGAGUACCACCUGAUGGGCCAGCUGAGAUGCGCUUUCUGCAGCUCUUUGGGGAUCCUGCAUAUGGCGUCAGCUAUCAGAUCCUCAGCCCCUUCAUGGCGGAGGUGCGAACAGCGGAGGAGGUGCGGUGGAACGAGAUGAUGGGCAGUGUCCGUGUCCGUGUAGAACACGGUUUCGGUCAGGUAUCCCAGAAAUGGCCCUUCCUCGAUGCUCACUCGCGUAUGCGCGUCUUCGCUUCGCCUGUCGGUAUCUACUAUAGGUUCGGUGUCCUUAUGACCAACAUACUGAACUGCUUCGAGCCCAACUCUGUAGCUACCUCCUUCUGCUGCUCUCCUCCUUCCCUAGCAGAGUAUCUACACGACGAGGCAUCCCAGUAAAUCACAUCACCUGUAGGCCUCUCCUGGACCGUCAAGUAAUCUGUCUUGAACAUAACACGAGGCAACUUCGGAG